UUUAACAUUAAUGAAAUAUUUUACACAAAAUAACUCAACUAAAAUAAAAAUAAUGCGGGUUGAGUUUGACCCGAAACGGUUACAAGUUACAACGGUUUGGCGGAAAAAAUGCAAAAUCGGGCAUCCCAAGAAAUGCGACGUUUUAAAUAUAAAAAAAAAAAAAAGCAAGGGAAUCGUCUUUUUCAAGCAAUCUCAGACUUCCCCUUUGCUUCUCUCUUAUCCCCAAUGCUUUUUAAUCAUUUCUUUGUUAACUCCACUUUUCUUAUGCUUCUUCUUCUUUCUCUCAUUUAGAAGUUUUCCUGAAUCUCAGAAACCACUGCUUUUCAUUAGAAGGUUUUCGGAUUGGAUUCAAGACUAAAGUCUGUUUAGUUGAUCGAAGAUGCUGGGAGAUUUCAUUACAAGAAUCAUAAUAUUGCUUGUGGGUUACGCGUACCCAGCAUACGGAUGCUACAAAUGCGUGGAGAAGAACAAACCUGAGAUUCAAGAACUUAGACACUGGUGCAAGUAUUGGAUCUUGGUGGGUAUUCUUACAGUUCUCGAAAGGAUAGGAGACAUCAUUGUAUCAUGGUUUCCACUAUACGGCGAGAUCAAAAUAGCUCUUCUUGUCUGUUUAUGGUACCCUAAAUCACAGGGUAUUAGCUACGUCUACGAGAAGCUGCUAUGUCCCUACAUGUCAAGGCAUGAACUGAACAUUGAUCAAGGGAUCUUAGUUUUAAAGAUUCGAGGACAUACUGUAAUUGUUCAGCUACUGCAAUACGUCUAUCAAUGGACUCUCCAAAUCUUUAGAAACCUGCAGCAACAAUUCGACAAGAAAAAUAAACGAUUAAAGUCCAAAGAGAGACAAAAAGCAGGAGCUUCGUUCAUGUUUCUCCGUUAGCUUGUAGCAGAGUACUAGGAUUAAAAUAACCGGUCGUAAUAACCGGUUCAUCACAAUUUAAAUUUGUAAAUCCAAACCGGAUCAUACCGGACCUGUUGAGAGAAUCAUGUAACAGA